CCCAGUCGAAGGAGUCAGUUUCAAAAUGGCGGAUCAACGUGUGUCAUGCGGUCGAGAUUUCUUUUGUGUUCCUGACCUUGCUGGAGCCUUGAAGAAUGCUACGAACGGAGGGUUUGAUUUUAUCUGUGCUCCUAUCUGUCAUCCAAGAUACCGAAGAGAAUUUUUAGACCCAGUUCCCAAUCGAACAGGGGCUUUCACUCGAUCAGAUCUGGUACUACCUAGUCAAGAUUGGAACAGCCUGAUUGUUGGUAAAACCUCCCCUUGGCUGAACUUAGAUUCACCAAAUGAGACUGUGAGAAAAAAUUCUGAACAAGCCUUGCAUCAGGAACUUUGUUAUUCUGUUCACUUGAGUCUUCCAGCUGUUCUUGUUCCAUUAAAAAGCUUCAACUGUGCCAACCUCGCUCAUCACAUCAAUGCAAGUAUAACUGACACACAUGUGCAACAGGUGUGGGUCCAUGUGCCUAUGAAGAGUCCUGAAGAUGAAUGUGACAAACACUUGUUUGAAGAUGAGGAUGAAGUUGUAGUGAACAACAUGUUGGAGAAAGAUCCAUGGCAAUGGUGGAAUGUAUUUAGAACUGUCUGUGGAAACAAUAGAAAGGUUGGCUUAGCAUUAGAGAUUUCUGCUGAGCUGCCUUCUGAGGAAGAGUUGGAAAGAUGGUGUGGAGAACCAGUCAAAGCAGCAAUCCUACCUACAAGUUUAUUUCUUACAAACAAGAAAGGUUAUCCAGUUUUGCCGAGGGCUCACCAGGCACUUGUUAGGAAAUUGUUCAGGCUGAAUACUCAGUUGAUCUUGACUGGUGUCAAUAAGCAUAAAGACAAGGGACUGGGAUUUUAUUACCAAUACCUUGCUCAUCUUUAUCAGACCCAGCCAGAGUUGGACAAUGUGAGUCAGUUUGCCAAAGGAUAUGAAGAUUACCUACAGUGUCCCCUUCAGCCCUUAAUGGACAAUCUGGAGUCUCAAACCUAUGAAAUAUUUGAACGUGAUCCUAUUAAAUACCAACAGUACCAAAGGGCUGUGCAUCAAGCAUUACUUGAUAGAGUUCCAGAAGACAAGAAGGACUCUGUUGUGACGGUGGUAAUGGUGGUGGGUGCUGGGCGUGGUCCUCUGGUAAGAGCGUCACUGGCAGCAGGUGAAGAAUCAGGUCGAAAAGUCCGGGUGUAUGCAGUGGAGAAAAAUCCCAAUGCUGUUGUCACACUGGAGACUUUGAGAGAAGAAGAGUGGAAUGGUGACGUCACUGUUGUGUCAUCGGACAUGCGCGAGUGGGAUGCUCCAGAACAGGCUGAUAUACUGGUGAGCGAGUUGCUGGGUUCUUUUGGUGAUAACGAGCUUUCUCCAGAGUGUUUAGAUGGAGCCCAGAGAUUCCUAAAAGAUGAUGGAAUAAGUAUUCCCUGUGAAUACACAUCGUUUCUGGCGCCUAUUUCUGCACCCAAGUUACAUUAUGAAGUAUCGCAGAGUAAUGACAGCGGCAAAGGACCCUUGGUUCCUUUUGAGACACCGUACGUGGUUCGACUUCACAAUGUGACAGUGAUGGCCGCUCCACAGCCUUGCUUCAUCUUUACACAUCCGAACAGAGUUGCUAGAAUUGAUAAUUCACGAAUGAAGUCUCUUGAAUUUGAGGUCAAAACAAGUUGUACUUUGCACGGCUUUGCUGGAUAUUUUGAGGCGAUACUCUACAAGGAUAUCAUGCUAAGUAUCAAACCAGAUACUCAUUCAGAAGGGAUGUUCAGUUGGUUUCCAUUUUUCUUUCCCAUAAAGGAACCACAAUACAUCACUGCGGGCUCCACAGUAGCUUGUCACUUCUGGAGAAAGUGUACGCCGAAAAAGGUUUGGUACGAGUGGUGCAUGUCACGACCCGCCCCAAUCCCUCUCCAUAAUCCUGGAGGAAGAUCUUACGUCAUUGGCCUUUGAUCAAGAAGAGAACUGUGUGGUGUUUUCCUGUUUGUGUUCAAUUUUCAGUGUAGUAAAAAGACUUUCAAUGCGAUGAAUUGUCUCACUUGAUGAGUAUUUCUUUGAUUUCUAUGAAGAGGGGUCUGGAGCAGUGUCUUGUUGUAAUGGGAAGUUUACUAAAUGUUGACAGCUUGCAUUACAUGUUGAUGCAGUUUGUAUUAUUGCUAUAUCUCGAUAAAAACGAAGAACGUUUAGGAAGCAAGUAACUGACAUUUCUGGCGUUGGAGCUGAUACGACAAGCGUAUUGCUGUUAUGAAAUGGCUUCUGUUUUGGCCUUAAGUCAGAAUACAAAAGCAAAAACCGA